CUCUCUGUCAGUUCGACUGCACGCAGCACGACAGCAUUCAUUUAGAGGUUAUGUUCGCGCGGAAUUGGCGCCAAUUCGUGUAUUUACAUCCAAUCGAUUGAGUCGAACUGACGUUCGGUCGUGAUAGUUCUCCAAUUUUCUGACUGAAAUUUGUCCCCAAACGAGUCGCGGACUGUCAUUUGUAGCGCUAAGAUUAGUGAGAACCUGUAAUUUUGUGUGUUCACGAAACAAUGGUCCGACGAAAAGCAGUGCCCAGAUCACCUGGCAGACUUUCUGAGAAAGGAGCGAGAAAAGAAAGAACAACUGUGAUAGUCAACAAACGUAGGAGGAAAGGUCGAGUGCUGCAGGAAAUUAAACAUCUGAGGAGAACCACACACUUUCUCAUACCUAAACUACCUUUCGCGCGGUUAGUCAGAGAAAUUAUCCGUGACAUAUUCCCCAGAGAGGACAUCGCCAGGAUACAAGCCGCCGCUCUCGAAGCCUUGCAAGAAGCGACAGAGAUGUACAUCGUGCAGUUCUUUGAAGAUUCCGUACUGCUGGCGUUGCACGCUAAACGGGUCACGCUUAUGCGGAACGAUAUGAUUCUAAUGCGCAGGCUGAGAGGUCGGAACGAUAUCAUCAACAGAUAGAGAAUUUUAUUUCGUAUAAGUUCAGUUAAAUCAAUAUUUUAAAUAUUUUAAGAUAAAACAAGAAUUCUUUUCGAAAGUUCUAUUGAAGUUUUUUCUAGGUCUAAGGAAUAGGCAGUAAAAGAUAUCGGUUACUCUUUUAUAUAAUGUUGACACAAAAUGACUAAUUAUGGAAAGAGAUAUACGUAUAUAUUUUUUAACAAACUUUUAAAGCGAUAUCAUUAUAUAUAGGAAUCUCAUUUUGUAUCAUGCUUCAUUCAGAAUGGGUAUUUUGAAUACAAAAUAUAGAAAAUGUUAUUUUCAACUUGAGCCUCAGGGACACGCGAUGAGACAAUCUUGUCGUACGAGACGAUAAUCAGAACCUAAACGAUAUCGAAAAAAUAAAUGUAGCUCUAAGACUUGUAAAGUAUUUAUAUUUAUUAUACGAGUAU